UUUUCCUUUCGCUUUCGCGCGGAACUCGCUUUUGUGCGCCUGGUCCGGUCUUUCGCGGCCAUGGAGAACGGAGGGCAGGUCUACGAAGAAACCACCGUCCCCGCCGAAGAGGGCAAGGCGCCCUGCUGGGGUCACCUGACCACCAGACACUUAGGCAAGUGGCGACUGUGCCUCAAGAUUUCGCAGCUGGUGCUAUCCUUCAUAACCUUUGUCCUUGAAGAAAUUGUGACAAAGUGCAGCUCCUGUGUUGGACUUUACAUCUUUGAGUUUGUCAGCUGCAGUGCCUUUCUUUUAAGCAUCUUAAUCCUGGUUGUAUUCUGUACUUCUUUCUAUGAAAAGGCUGGAGAAAAGAAGGUAGCACAGCUGGAUUUCAUGGUUGUUAUAUCAGUAGGGUCAGUCUUUCUACUAGCUUCAAUUAUAUUUUCUGCAACCAGUGACAAGACACCAAUUGAAAAUGCUGCAGUUGCAUUUGGAUACUUUGCAAGUAUAGCAUUCCUUGUGGAUGCUGUCCUAAUGAUUAAGAAGCGGAGAGUCAAAAAAGAGAGACAGCCAGAAAGUACAACCAACCCAUCAAAUCCACCAGAAAAUCAGCCAUUAAAUAAUCAGCAGACCUAAGCUGUAAACCACAAUGGCUUUUUACUACGUGCUGAUCAUAGUUGAAGAGAUUCUGUCUUUUAAGGUGUGUCUAGAUUAUUAAAUUUUAUUUCAGUUUUGUA